CUCCCUGCUAGCUAGCAAGAGCAGGAGAGGAAAUGGCCUCAAGUUGCACCAGGGGAGGUUUAGGUUGGGUAUUAGGAAAAAAUUCAUUACUGAGAGAGUGGUCAGGGGUUGGAACAGGCUGCCCGGCAAACUGGUGGAGUCACCAUGCCGGGAGGUGUGUAAAAGACUUGCAGGCAGGGACUGCAGGACUCGGUCUGGCAGGAGUGGCGGCGCUGGGUCCAUGGUUGGCCUCCAAGGCUUUUCCACUGGCACAAAUGCUGUGGCCCCACGCCUAUGAGGAGGCUUUCGGGGAGGGAUUUCCUCAGGGCUGAGCAGGCUGUGGGUUUCCUGCUUGCCCUGUCUGAGGCAGCAAAGGGGCCGGACGAGAGGCGGCAAGGACGAGGCUGCCGAGAGGGUCCGCCCGGAGCGGAGGCCGGCGGGAGGGCCGCGCGAUUGCCGUGGCAGCGGGGCCGGCUCCCGCCUCUCCCGUUUCCCACGGCAGCCGAAGCGGCGGGGCCGGCUCCCGCCUCUCCCGUUUCCCACGGCAGCCGAAGCAGCGGGGCCGGCUCCCGCCUCUCCCGGUUCCCACGGCAGCCGAGUGCCGCCGCUCACCGCGCCUGGGCAGGCUGCCGCCGGCCCUGCUGCAGCUGCCCUCCCUGGAAAGUGUGGCCCGUGAGGAUGGAGGACGAGGAGCUGGAGUGGGAUGAGAACAGCCUUCAGGAGGAGGGAGAAGAGGAGGAGGCGCUGAGGGAGCAGGAGGAGGAAGCCCAGGUGCUGGCCCCAGCUCCCCUGACAGAGGAGGUCCUGAGGGAAGGCCUCUCUCUGCUCUGCAAGACCCGCACCGGCCUGGCUCACGCCUUUGUGAAGUUUGAAGCCACACAGAAGAACUUGACAGACAUCAGCCUCCUUGAAUGCUUUGUACACCUGCAGUAUGUGGAUUUGUCAGAGAACAAGCUGCAAGAUUUGUCUCCACUGUGCAGCCUAACCAGUCUGCUUUGGCUGAAAGUGGAUGGGAAUCUGCUCACCAGUCCCUGCCUGAAGGAGCUGCCCUACCUCCAGUUCAUCAGCUUGGCUCAGAACCACAUCAAGGAUGUGGAAGGCAUCACUCACCCGCGCCUAACCAACCUCAUCCUGAAAGGAAAUAGAAUCCAGUCAGCACAGGGCUUGAGUCAUGGCCAGUUGUUCAAUCUGCAAAUCCUGGAGCUGCGAGGAAACACCCUAGAGAGCACAGCGGGGCUCAAUCUUCCCAAGCUGAAGAACCUCUAUCUGGCCCAGAAUGUCAUUCAGAGCCUUGAAGGCAUUGAGGGACUAGAGCAGCUUGCAACUCUGCACCUGCGUGACAACAGUCUGGAAAGCCUGGAUGGGUUCUGCAGCAGCAUGAAGUGCCUGCAGUACCUCAAUCUACGGAAUAACAGGAUCAGCAGCCUUCAGGAGGUGGCAAAACUGCGGGUCCUGCCCAUGCUGCAGGCACUGGUGCUGAUGGACAAUCCAUGCUGUAAGGAACCCAGUUACCGGCUGGAGGUUCUGGUCAUGCUGCCACACCUGCAGCGGCUCGACAAGGAGUUGUUUGAGCAAGAGGAACAGGAGGAAGCAAACAGGAUCCGCUGGGAAAGGCAGGAGAAAGAAAAGGAGAUGGAAGGAAAGUAACCUCGAGGAGAUGGACCUCCAGUCACCUCUAUAUUUAAUACCUGCUCCCACAGCUGGUCAGGAUUUGAAGGUGCCUUCCCUCACUUGUGCAGCUGAGAAAGUGAGAGCUGUAGGUACCAGAGCUACCUUCACCUCAUUUCACCCCUGGAGAAAAGAGCAGGGCUACCCACCCCAAUCCUGGACACUGACCUGACGUACUGCAGUACUUCUACUGUCACAGCACUGAUAUGCUCUAUCCUCAUCUGAUCCAAGAGGGGGAAAGGGAGGAGAGUUACAGGUGCUGUGCUUUGAUUUAUGGCUCCCCAGAAUCCGACAGGAUUUUCUGAUUUGAAUUAAAUUUAUUAAUGACCAUGGA